UGAAAUGAAAGCUAUAAAAUAUUAAGAUUUAUGAAGGAAAAUCCUAAUUCAUAACAAAUAGGAUAAAACGUCCAUACAUAUAGUAUUGUUAUAACAGUAAAUUUGCUGUUUUUCGUCUGGUGGUGUUUAUAAGAGGAACGCGUGAAAAUUUUAAAUAUGAAUUUAGUGAAUUUACCUGAAGAGAUUCUAAUCAUUAUUAUAAAACAGUUGGAUACAAUUUCUUUGUACAAUUUAUACACGGCUUGUUUUCGAAUUCGUCAUAUAAUUAGCGUGUAUAGAGUUGUUAAAACAUGUGAUUUAUCUCUCAAUACGAUGGCUACAGUGCAGUCACUCAAAUUGAACUUUUUUAAAGAUAUUUCAAGACAUCUUCAAGAGUUAAACCUGUGUGGAAUAUCUGACCUAACUAAAAACUUGCUUCUGCCAGCUAUGAAUAAACUGAAGAGCUUAAAAACAUUAAAUGUUUCUUAUACAAAUAUCAGCAUUUUCGACUUUGUUGAGCUCUACCAAAAUUGCCCUAGUAUAAAAAAUAUAAGCAUUAACUUUAUGUUUGGCAAAACUACCCGAGUUAGGUUAUUAAAAGACUCAUUACUACAAUGUCAAGAAGUAUUCAAAAAUUUAGAUUUUGUUAAUUUUGUAGGAAAUCUCAGUAAUUUAAUAUAUUCACAAUUACCUUUAUUUAUUUUAUGCAAGAGUAGAUUGAAAGCUUUGCAAUAUACAGUGAUAGAAUGUGAUAUGACUACUUAUGAAAACGAAGACAGUGAAGAAAAAGUGCAAUUUGAUCAGUUCUCAAUAUACUUCUUAGAUGGGAAGAAUUCAAGUGUGUAUUACGGAUUUAUGCAUGAAAUGCUUUUGUUUAACAUGUUGGAUUUCCAAAAAUAUGAAGUUAUUAUUAUAAUUCGUCUAAAUUUAAAGAGUACAUCAUUGUAUGCGACACCUAUGUUUAAAAAUUUUUUUGUUGAUAAUUUUGAUUUAAAUAUAGAUUUUAUACAAGAUUUUUCCAUAUCCAUUUUUGGGAAUGUUAUUGUGAUGCUUUGGAAUAAAAGUACAACAAAUUUCGAUAAAAGUUUCUUUGAACGUUUGUCAAAAAAGUUAAAACCAUUGUUCCCCUGUCCAUUUAUUUCAUCGAGGAGUACACCGGUGCCUGUGAAGUAUGACUGGUUCUAUACUACUCCAACUCAUUCAGACUCUGCAUACAGAAGUGAAUUGUGUGGAUUUUCAUAUAAAAAGCGUAGAGUUGUUGAACCAGAUUGCAUUUUAAAUUAUGAUGAACAGUUUGAAGAAAAGCGUGAAGUUCAAUUAAGUUUGCUAUUUAAUGGUGAAAUUAGAAGUGGUGUAUCAUUUCCUUCACAGUGUUCGUAUUUAAGUAAAUUAACUUAUUUGAGUGUGUGUGGACAAGUCAAAUACUGUGUUAAUUUUUUUGAAAUUUUAUUUAGUUCUUGUGAUAGGCUUGUCACAUUAAAUGUAGAAGCACCUCCCAUAUGUCCAUGCUAUGCAGCAAUAUCAAGAUAUAUUUCUUUCAGUCGAAGUCUUAAAAAUUUAAGAUUGGUGGACAAAAGAAUUGAUUUUAAGCUAGUUUUUUCAUCAUUGAGUGAAUGUAAAACAUUAGAGAAUAUUAAUAUAUGUGAAAUGUCAUCUAACUCAUUUGAUAUUUGUGAUCCAUCAACACUGUUUAAAAAAUGUGAAAAAUUGUAUUGUUUGUAUGCUUAUGGACCUGUUUCUGAUAAGACUCGGAAUAGAAAGUUACAAAUUUUGAAAAGAGCCAGACAGAAAUGCCAAAAGGCACAUAUAAAAGUCAAUCUUUUUAGUCAUUCUCGUUUGGCUUAUGAUCCAUUUAUAGAUGUGUUUAAACUAAAUCCAAUAAAACCAGUAUAAACAAUGUAUCAUAUUUUAUUAUUGUACUAUGUGUAUUGUUACAAUAAUUAAAUUUAACUAAUUAUGUUUGAGGUUUACUUUUGCUGUGGUUGGUACUUAUUAUUGUUAUUGAUAGAGAUAAUAUGCCAAGUACAGCACUGCCACCACAAGCAUAUGUCAAUACUCCUCUGUAAUACUGGGGGCAGCUUAUUGCAUCAUCGCAUUUACUGAAAAAAAAGGUUGAAAUAACACAUAUAAAUGCCUGGUAGUAUUCAAAUGAAUAAACAUGAAUGUUAUUUUAAGUCGUGUUUUACAAAUCCUUUUCCAAAAUUCAAGCAAUGGCGAAAAUAUGUUGAUUAAAUCAUACAUUUUGAAAUUGAUUUGUGAAAUAAUAUAAAUUUACCUACAAAACUACUGAACUGAGUACUGAACUUAAUUAUUAGAGAUAAAGACUAAAAUAGGAUUCCAAAACAGCUAUGACAAAACUCAACUUUUAUUAGUUCAGUGGCAUUUGUUGUAAUGCCACAAUGUUUGUAAAAAGUCAACUGUAAAUUUUGCUAAAGGUAUACUGGACUAUGAGAUGUAAUUUUCAAAAUAUCUUAAUACUAAUCUCGUGUGUACAUAAAAAAGACAAUGUGUAACAAUUUUGUAUUAAGAAAAAUGAUUAUUGUCUCCUGUGCAUACCAUAAACUUAAUCUAUUAAAAAUGGGAUUAUAUUUAUUAUUUAUUUAUUACUUAGAAAAAAUCUCAUUUAAUUUAAGACUGUUCAAAUAAUGGUUUUGGUAACUAAAGAUACAUUUUUGGUACUUACUAGUUUUCAAUAGCCAUAACGGCAAUUCCGGUUACUAAUUUAUCGGCAAAUGUAACAAUUGAAUAUAUUAAAGCACCCUGAUGGGAAUGAGGUCCUAUUAAAUCUGCAGUUACGCACAGACUCGACACUAGGGUUAUCGCACUUCCAGCUCCUGAUAUAAAACAUUGUAUUUAAUUAAAUACAUUAUGUAAGAUGCAAAACUUGGACAUUGUGUUUUUGUUUCGGAUGCAUUUGAUUCUUUUUAAUAUACAUAUUUGUAUAAGUAUCAGUAGGUAAACAUUAUAACAAAGGUUUUAGUGGCAAAUGUGUGUAAGAUCUCGCAAAUACUUAUUGUAAUUCAGUUAUUCUUGUCGUGUAUGUACAUAUGAGUUACAAUAAUAGUAACUAGACAUUAAAAAUAUUUCGAAAAUAAUAUAAAAUAUAAUACAA